AUGCUGCUCUGCCUGACAGCCCUGUGUGUGGGACUCUGCACACCUGGGGUUCAACCCCUCAAUCCUGCCUGUCGCCUGCAGAUCAUUGAGGCAAUAGAGGAGCAUGAAUACAUACAGGAGGGAGACAUCAUGCUCGGAGGGGUGCUGACUGCGCAUUUAUUAGUUAUAACUAAAAAGAUACCAGGACUUCAUAUUCUCAUUUGUACUGAUCCCACUCAACAGAACUCAAAACAUUUCCUGGAUUUCAGAUUCUCCAUUGAGCAACUGAACACAAAUCCAUCCCUCUUGGCCAACCUGACCCUGGGGUACCAUAUAUACGAUUCCUGUGGGGACCCCCGGAAGGCAGUGAGGAGCGUAUUACAGAUAUUAUCUGGUACCAGGGAGCCGGUUCCCAAUUACUCCUGUGUGGGAAAGAGAAACAUUGCUGGGUUUAUUGGGGAUCUCACCUCAGAGACAACUGUACCCAUAGCCCAGAUACUGAGCAUCUAUGGAUAUUCCCAGAUCAGUUAUGGAGCGACAGACCCAUCGCUGAGUGACAGAACCACCUUCCCGUACUUUUUCCGGACGGUACAAGGUGACUCUGGGCAGUAUUAUGCCUUAAGCAAAUUACUGAGGCACUUUUCCUGGACUUGGAUUGGAAUUAUCAGAUCAGACGAUGACAGCGGAGAGAAAGAAGUUGAGUUGCUCAGAAGGUUCCUCCAUGGGGAGAGCAUCUGCAUCGAAUUCACAGUGAAGAUUGGCAGUAACAUUGGCGAUGAUCCUCAGUGGCUGUGGGGGCAGAAUAUCAUCCAGAAAUCCUCUAGCAGGGUCAUUGUACUGUGUGGGACCGUUUCUCUAACGCUUGUUGGAAAAUUGGCCAAAUUCGCAAGGUGGAUCAGGGAAAAGACCUUUGUCCUCCCAUCCAAAUGGGGAGCCAAUGACCAAAUCCUAAGCUAUGCCCAACACAUAUUUACCGGCAGUCUGGUACUUACGCAGAUUUAUCCGUAUAAGCUAGACACUGCAGAAAUGAGGGACUUCUUGAAUAGCCUCACCCCUUCUAAUUACCCGGAUGACAAACUCAUUGAAGAUAUUUGGACGAUUCAUCUUUUGUGUUUAUCAAACAACCCAAAUAAGAACAGCCUGUACGAGCACAUCUACCUACGGACUUUGCACAACUGCACCGGUCAGGAACGGAUCACCGACUUGGGUAACUUUAAUGAUCACGGUAACUCUGGGCGAGUGCACCUUGCGGUCAAUAUGAUGUCCCUUGCGCUUCAUGAUAUGAAUGUUUCCCUUGGUGACCAAUCUCCUGAAAGUUCCAAAGUGGCGGUUAAGUAUCAGCACCAGCUGCACCGGCACUUGCAGAAAGUCCAGUACAGAACCCCCAAGGGCCGAGCUGUCUCUUUCAAUGAGAAUGGGGAGAUUAUCACAAGGUUCGGUAUCUAUAACUCUGUUACUGAGGCUGACGGUGAGCUCUAUCUGUACCUUGUGGGGAUAUUCAUCCCAUGGGCCACCGCAGGCAAGCAGCUCAUCCUCCACUCCAACAUCAUUAAAUGGAAGGGGACCGACAGUGAUAUCCCAAGAGCUCAAUGUUCAGAUAACUGUCUCCCCGGCUUUAGGAAGGCCCAGAGGGUCCAAACUCAGCUCUGUUGUUAUGACUGUGUCCGGUGCUCAGAGGGAGAGAUCUCCAAUACAACUGACAGUGCAAACUGCGCCAGAUGCCCAGAUUUACAAUGGCCCAAUGAGAACAAAACUCAGUGUAUUACUAGCACGGAAACAUUUCUCUCCUACACAAGUGAUGGGAUCUCUGUAGUGUUCUUUUCUAUUUCUCUUCUCUUUUUCCUCAAAACUGUGUUGAUCUUUGGAGUCUUCAUCAUAUACCGGGAAACCCCCAUAGUGAGAGCCAACAACCGGAGCCUGAGCUUCCUCCUCCUUGUCUCCAUCAAGCUGAGCUUCCUCAGUGUGUUUCUGUUCCUCGGUCGCCCUGUGGAUAUAACCUGCAUGCUGCGCAUCAUCACUUUUGGAAUCACCUUCUCCAUAGCUGUCUCUUCUCUCCUGGCCAAGACUAUCAUGGUUUGUGUUGCUUUCAAAGCCACCAAGCCAGGGAGCUCAUGGAGAAAAUGGCUGGGAGUCAAACUGUCCAAUUCUGUAGUCUUGUUCUGCUCAUCCAUUCAAAUAAUCAUCUGCACGACUUGGUUGGCCAUUUCUCCUCCCUUUCAGGAACUGGACAUUCACACUUCCCCUGGAACCAUCAUCAUUCAGUGCAAUGAGGGCUCAGCUAUUGGCUUUUACUCAGUUAUUGGGUAUAUGGGGCUUCUGGCAGCUGUUAGUUUUGUUUUAGCAUUUUUAGCUCGGAGCUUACCGGACAGUUUUAAUGAGGCCAAGUACAUCACUUUCAGCAUGCUGCUCUUCUGCAGUGUUUGGAUCACAAUGAUCCCGGCCUAUCUGAGCACCAAAGGCAAAAACACUGUGUGUGUGGAGAUAUUUGCCAUACUCACCUCAAGCGCGGGCCUUUUAGCCUGUAUAUUUCUGCCCAAAUGUUAUAUAAUUUUACUGAUACCUGAAAAUAACACUAAGUCUAAUUUAUUGGGGGGGAAAGUGCUGAUAAUCUCCUAA